AUGAAUAAAAAAAAUUUAGGAUGGGACAUUGAAGAACAAUAAUAUCUAGAUAGUUUAAUACCUGGUAAUUUACCAAAAAUUGAGAAAAGACAUGCUGAGAACAAGUGUCAUAAAAUUAAGUCUAUUCUAGAUUCAAAAAUUAUAAAAUGUUCUUCUUCUAUUUAACUUAACUAAAUUAGUAAAUCUACAUAAAUAAGUACUUAAACUACUUAAACUGCAUUUUAAAAUACGCUUACUUCAAGUUUUUAAAGUCCAAUGAAUUUAACAAGUUAUCAAGCAUUAAGAUAUCCUCCAAAAUAAGAUGUUGUUUAUAAAUCAUCUAAAAAGUCAUAGUCACCAUUAAAAAGAAGGAAAUAUAGAUGUAGCAUAAUUAAUCUAAGUCAACCAUCAAUUUUAAGUCCAUAAGCAAAUAAUAAGCUGUACAAUAUCAAUAAAUAUUUAUAAUAAAAAUAUUCAUGUAUUAACUAUUUUUGA